UUUUCCUACCUCAGGUUGCGGUUGCGUAAUGCUAUUCAAUUGGUGCGGCCGGCUGCUAUCAAGUGACGAGUCCGACGACGGGGCCUUGGGGAUGUUAUCUUACUCCGCCUGGUUUGGUGGGCACUACAGUAAGCGGUACACCAGUUUCCGCAUCAGCCUCGGCGACAGCAUCCACGUGUUCUGCUGGCAGAGUGCAGUGUGGCACAGGCUGUAUGCCGAGCGGUGCUUCUUGCUGCCCGGACCAUGGAUACUGUCUGUCUGGCACUUACUGUGUCGCAGCUGGAGGAGGUGACUAUGGCUGCUGCGACAACGGUCAGACCUGCUCUGGCGUCCUCAGCGCUUCCAGCAGCGCACGCACGAGCUCCGCUACUGCUUCGGCUAGCACCUGUGCCGCUACCAGACUUCCGUGCGGUACGGGCUGUAUGCCAAACGAUGCUUCUUGCUGCCUUGAUGGCGGAUACUGUUGGGCUGGCACCUAUUGUGUUCCCAUUGGUGGAGGAGAAUAUGGCUGCUGUACAAAUGGGCGGACUUGCAGCGGCGCCGGCGCCUCUAGUUCCUAUGUUACCGCUACGCCUGCCUCAUCGACAACAUCACCACGAGUGUCGGCGAGUACCACGUCAGUGACCGCCACGUCAUCGGGAGCGGCCGGGAGCACGUCGAGCUCGUCUCCGCCCGCAUUGACACCCUAUGUAGCUUCCACUUCCCGGACUAGC